AUGUUCAAAUUGUUUAUAAUUGCUGUUGUAUACUUUACCAUUGUUAAUGGUAAUGUUAAAGAUGAUCUUAAAGACAAAAUAACAGACACAUUAGGUCAAGGAGGAAAAGUGAAACAACAUGUUGUUAAUGUUGUUAAUGAACGUACUAAUAAAGCUAAAGAUGCUGCACAUUCAGCUGCUGAUGCCAUCAAGGAUAAUGCUGAUACAGUAAAAGACAAAGCUUCUGAAACACUCAAAGCUGGCCAAAAGGCAGCCGGAAAUGCCAAAGCAACUGCAGACAAAAAACUUGACGAAACUAAGAAAGCAGGUAAAGAACUUAAAAAGAAAGCUAGUGGCAGUGUCGAAGAUUUAAAAGAUACAACUAGUCAUACUGUCAAAUCAGCUAAGAAAAAGGCUGAAAACGUUGCCGAAAAAGCAUCAAAAAAAGGUGAAAAAAUCAAACGUCAAGUAAGUGAUACCAGUGAAAAAAUCAAACGUCAGGCAAGUGAUGCCGAGGAAAAAGUCAAAACAAAUACUGAAGAUGCUAAAAAACAAGUAGAAAAACAAAGUGAUGGUAUUGUUGAUAAACUUUUUAAUAUUCUUAUAGAUGUUAAAAAUUCACUAUUGGAACCUGUUGGAUUGGCAUCAAAUACUGCUACUGAUAUAGCUGAUCAAGCUACAUCGAAAUUGGAUGAAGUUUCUGAUACAGUAAAGAAAACUGCUGGAAAGGCUAAGAAAAAAGUUAAGGAAACCGCUGAACUCUAG